AUGUUUAUAAACUUUGCAAACUAUUUGCUUAUAGGAUUGAGUUCAAAGGAUUUAAUUUAUUGCAUACUCAAUCAAUCUAAAAUUCCGACAAUCAUUUAUUUGAUUGUUUUAUCUAUUAUUAUAAGUAAAUAAUUUCAUAUAUAUUCAAGUCUAACAAUUACUUAAGAUCAAAUUUCGAAUAUCUCACUCUGAAAUAAUCCUUUCAUUUAUUUAUAACACAAUAUCUAUAACUUUAUUUGGAACUUCAUCUAUUUGGCAAGCUUAUUAUAUAAUGAAUAUAUUCCAAAGAGUCAAUUACUACUUUAUAGCUUCUUUUUUAAUAAUGAUUUACUAAGUUGUUUUAGAAGUAAUUCAAUAUGAUUUUAUUGUGCCCAGAACAUUUGGAUUUUCAAUUUCAUCUGCUUCUAUUAUAAUUACUUAUCAAAUCCUUUGUUUUGUCAGAUAAAAUGACAUAGCAUCUAUUGCAGAAUCAGUCAUCAUUAAGUAAUUGUUAAAAAAUAGCUAUAUAAAAGUCUUUAAUAAAAAUUUAGAAGAUUUAACACCAAAUGUUUCAUUAAGAAAUGAUUAAUAAUCUUCUACAUAAAUCAUUUUUACAACAAGGAAUAAAUCAGAAAAUUUUGAAUUAAUUCCUAAUUCAGUGAAUAGAGAACUAAAAAUUAAAAGUUUUUUAAAUUAUGAUAUACAAAUAGAAGGAUCUGAAGACUCAAUAGUCAAUAGUCCUAAUAAAUAUUAAAGUUACAAAGACAUAAAGGAAUUUAUUAAUACUUUUGUUAUGAAUUAAUAAAUUUUAAGUGAAGAGAAAUUAAUAAUUGCUUCUGAAAUUGAUUUGGAUUCAGGUAAAAAAUAAAAGUUCAAAGUGAUUAUUAAUACAGAUAUUUAAAAAUACUAUAUUGUUGCAUUUAUUAAAAUUGACUCUGCUAUUGUUAGAAAACAAUAUAAUUCGAUGGCUAAAUUCAAAGCAAGAUUGGCUAAUAAUUUUACUCAUAAAUUAAAAACAUCUCUUAAUGCAACAUUAGGCUAUUUAUCAAAUGCUAAAAAUGAUAGAAAUUUAUAAAAAAAGAUCUUGUAAUCUUAUAUAAAUCCAUCUUACAUUCAUUCUAAAAUAUAAUUAUAUUAAGUUUAAGAUUUACUAGAUUAUUUGAAUACUGAACAGGAUUAAAUUGGAUUAUAAGUAACCAAAUUCAAUCUUUAAUAAUCUUUAAGUCAAAUUUAUGAAUUUAUUGAGUAUUAAUGUAAAGUAAAAAAUAUUGCUAUUAAAUUUAUGAUAAAUGGAUCUGAUUGGAAAUUAUAUGAAAGGUAUAAUUAUAAAAAUUAUAAAUUUUAGUUAAUUUUAUCUUUAUUCUGAUUGUUAAAAAUUUGAAAGGGUUUUAUUUAAUUUAAUUAAUAAUUCAUAUAGAUUUGCUCCUUUAAAUGGAGAAUUAACAAUUGAUUUAUUAUAUGAUACUUAAAGUAAUAAAUUACAUGUAAAAAUAAAUGAUAAUGGAGAAGGUUUACCAGAAGAUUAAAUAAACUUAAUAAAUACUCAAGCAUAAUUAUAAAAUAAAUACAAUAUAAUUAAUAAAUAUAUAAGUUCAAAAAGUAAAUCAAAAUUUGGAUUAACGUUACAAAUAACCAAUAGAUUAAUAUAUAUUCUGAGUGAUUCAAAUUGUUCUUUGUAAGUUAAAAAUCAUAAAUAAAUAGGAGGUUGUAGUUUUGAAUUUUUUAUUAUUAUAAAUUCAACAUAAAAAGAAGGGUCAUUGGAAUAGAUUAAAUACUCGAAUUAUAUUAAAUAGUCUAGAUAAUCGUCAAUUAAAUUAUAAAAUUAAAUAAAUCGUUCAUCUAAUUCUUCUUCUUAAAGAUCUAUUUUUUGUAAGAAGUAAUAAGAUGAAUGUAUUGAACCUAUAGAAGAAGAACCUAAACCAAUUAAGCCUCGACUAUCUAAAACUUAAUAAAAUCAUGAGUAAAAAUAGUAAAUGAAUUAAAUAAAGCGGCCUACUUUAUCUGGAAUCCGAGAUUUAUAAUUAUCGCAUAUCAUUGAUUAAAUAAAUUAAAAUGGAAUAAAUCAUCAUCAAGAUAAUCGUUACAUUUUAAUAGUUGAUGAUGAACCAUUUAAUCAUAAUACCUUAACCUUAAUGUUAUAAAAAUUAGGUCAUAAGUAAUUCUUUUAUUCUUUCAAUGGAUAAGAAUGUAUUGAUAUGGUAUAGAGGAAUCAUUCCUGUAUUAAAACAAUAUUUAUGGAUUUAGAUAUGCCAAUUAUGGGAGGAUUAUAAGUAAAUAAUUAAUUAUUAAUUAGGCUACAUCAAUUUUAAUAAGAAUGAUGACUGAUGGUAAUAUAGAUUAUAUUCCUAUUAUUGGUUGCACUGCCCAUGAUGAUUUUGAGACACAAAUUAAAUGUUUAAAAGUUGGUAUGUCACAUGUAGUUACUAAACCUGUAUUUAUAAAGAGCCUACAAGAAGCUUAUAGAUAGAUUAGAGAAGAACAUUAAGAACAUAGAAGUGUUUAAAUGUCAAACUCAUUAGAAAAAUAUUGA